AUGGCUGACCAGACGACAACCGACGUGACGGCACAGGCAGCUGCGCUGUGGACCGACUUUACCCAUCUUGUGGCUGCUUUUGUCACCAAGAUGCCCGCCAUGUCGUACGCUAUCACCAACUCGAUGACGGCAGAGGGCGGUGGCUCGGCCGAGGACGUGGCCAACGGGCUGGCCGAUGACCUGGUUGAUUUGUUUGCUGCCCGAGCUGGUGAGCCGGUCUUUGCUGAUGAAGUCGAAGACAUCAUCAAUGCUGCCCUGGAAUCCGUGGCUAUGCUUGUGGAAGACGAUUCGUCAGCUUCAGUCGCUCGCCUCAUCGUCAACGUCUACGCUCAGGUCAUUGCCGGCAAUCGUGAGGAGCUCGACAAGGGCCUCGCCUGGGCAAAGCUGACUGCUUCCGAUCCAAGCGAUGCUGUGGUUGCUGAUGGCGAUGAUGAUGCUGCGCCUGAUGGUGAUGCUGCUGCCCUGGUUGGGCUCGAGGCUGAGGAUGACGAGCCUGUCCUCGUCGCCCCGGCUGACGCCAAUGCUGCUGCCGAUGCUGCCGCUGCCGCUGCCGCCGCCGCGACCGACGACGACGGUUGGACUACUGUGUCCAAGAAGAAGCGCAAGUGA